UUAUACUGAGUGGGUUCGAAAAUUUUCACGUACAAUUUCAGAGUGGCGUGUGCAGUUUUAUUCUAUUAUGCACGUUAUAUACAUUGGAAUUUCGGUAUUUGUUGUCCAACAACAGUGAAGAGCUUCGCGAGCAUUCCGUAUGGCAAUCCAAAUAUCAUCACAUCGCUGACAAUGAUACUCUAUUGGACUUACAAGAUUUCUACUAUAUAAUGAACAAUGUCUCCAUAUGCAAGAGUUCAGCUGUUGGUAGUUCGUCUUCGAUAGUAAUCAUUGUUCACACAGCACGUUCGCAUUUUAUGGAACGACAUGCCAUAAGAGAGACUUGGGGAUCCAUAAAACUUUAUAAAGGAUGGAAAUUUCAUUUAGUUUUCCUUCUCGGGACCGAUCCGACUGGUAACGAUGAAUUGGACUUGAGCCUCCGGGACGAAUAUAGACAAUAUGGAGAUAUGGUAAUGGGGAACUUCGUAGACUCCUACAAGAAUCUCACAUAUAAGCAUCUGAUGGGCUACAAAUGGGUGAUGUCUUUUUGCUCCGAUGCUAAAUUAGUUUUGAAAACAGACGACGACAUGUUCGUCGAUAUUUUCCAACUCGUAGAAGUUAUGUUGGUCGAGCUGGUUUACUCAAACAAUGCGUAUGCUUGUCUGAAUAUGAAAGGCAAUAAACCAAUUAGAAGUGUAGACAAUGUGUGGUACGUCAGUGAGGACCUUUACUCAGGAGAAGAGUAUCCUGAAUUUUGUUCGGGUACUGCUUAUCUGAUGAAAACACAGGUGGCAGCCAAAAUAUUCUCCGUUUCCAAUCAGACGAAAUUCUUCUGGAUCGACGAUGUAUAUGUAACCGGAAUUUUGCGUGAACAUUACAGCAUUCAGAUGAACUACAGUGACCAUAAACGAUUAGAUAUUUUAUGGAUGAACGGACGGUACAAUUUAAGCAUGAGCUGGAGAAAUGAAAUUGAAUCCUGGUGCAACACUGGUUUAAAUGAGCAAUUUAAAUACACUUUUGCUUUGUUAAACAAAGACAAAAUUCUUGGUGACAUGUUUUGCAUUUGGAACAAAGUAAGAUUACUGAAAUUUGCUAUGAACCAUGCUUUUGAGCAACCCACUCCACAAACGGGCACAAUAACAUAA